AUGACUAGGGUCCCACCUAAGAAAGCAGCAAUAUCUGGGCUGUCCCAAAUUCCAGAGGAGUUGUUAGUUAUGAUCAUGCAACGGUUGACCCUACCAGAUAUGAUUCGGUUUGGCUGUGUUUGUUCAUCUUGGAGAUCGGUUUCAGCUCCAGCUCGUCAUGGAAAGCUUCCCUGGUUAAUGCUUCCCUAUGACACUCGAGAAGGUAACGGUGCUUAUGGUUUCUUCAGCCUCUACAAUCGCCAAUUUUACAAACUUCAACUACCAGAAGCAGCUGGAGCAAGAAUCUUUGGAUCUUCCCAUGGUUGGCUUGUGACAGUGCACCCAGAAUCUGGUAUUCAUCUGUUACAUCCCUUCAGUAGGGUAAGAUUACAGCUUCCAAGUCUGAGUACAUUUCCAGCCGUUCUGGAUACUUUCUACUCAAAUGAAGGAGAUCUCAUUUAUGUGUUACGCUCAUCAAAGGGCUGUAGAGCCGCCUAUGGAUUCAAGUGGAUGCGUGAUGCCUAUAUAGGUAAGUUCGCUCUGUCCUCUAGCCCUUCUUCUUCCUCCUUAGAUUGUAUAGUUGUGGCUACCUAUGGGGAGAGAAGAAAGUUGGCCUUCUGCAGACCCGGGGACAAUCGAUGGACAGCCUUAAAAACACCAUGGGACUCUUAUGAAGAUAUUGUCUUCCACAAGGGACGGCUCUGUGCUUUGGACUUACAAAGGAGACUUGUAGCUUGCGACAUUGGUUAUGCUUCAAAAGUGUAUGAAAUUAUGCCGCCCUCAAGUAUUUCCUGUGGUUCUCAAUGGGAAUAUUUGAUGAGUUGUGCUGGUGAAUUGAUUAUGAUUUUAAGAGAUGUGAAAUGGCUUUCUGAUUCUGAUGACCCUGGUGCUGGUAGGAGAUGCUCUUGUGCGCUUUCGGGUUAUGAUGCCAUGGACAUUGCUGAUGGUGACUCUGAUGAUCACUACAACAAUGCCAACACCAAUAACAAAGAUUCUACUGAUAAUGACAUCUUACUUUGUAAGACAAUAGGAUUCAGGGUUUACAAGCUCGACUUUAAUUCCCGUAGGUGGAUCAGAGUGAGAAGCUUAGGAAAUACCAUGGUUUUCCUGUGUGAGAGUAAUUUAUUCUCUCUUCCUGCUCGCCAUUUUAACAGGAACAGAGGUGAUCACAUCUAUUUCAUUGACGAUAGCUGUGAUACUUACACUACAGAACAUAGAGAAGGGGUUUAUGAGCUUUGUGCAUUUAAAAUGGUUGAUCAGACUAUUGAACCAUAUUUCAGAACUGAUAACCAGAUGAAUAUGCCUGCACCCAUCUGGGUCGUACCUUAA